AUGGGCCGUUCACCUAGGUCACUGGAUGGUGGGCUCGGUGAUGAGGAGAACGUAUCCCGGGAAGCCGUGCUUAUGAUUUUGGAGAAAGAGGGUGACGGUGUCGAGAAAGCUCCGCAGAAUUAUUCAUCGCCAUUCAGACGUUCCCAUGAUGUUGCAAUGAAGAACCGCAGAACCUCUGUGAAAUUACCAAUCUUGCUAGGCUUCAUCUUGGUAGCCUUCAUCUUCACAACUCCGCAUACCGUUCCGGUCAUACCUACCCGGCUCAGGGGUCAGGUUGGCGCUUGGUUGAAAAUGUGUGGCUCCCAUCUUGAUUGGCAAGAUCCCUCGGUCAUCGAUAUCAGGACAAGGCCAGAAGAUCUGGCCAAAGACCCUCGCGUGAUGCAUGAGAUCCCUCAAUACGUCCUCGACUACGCACCAUUAGUCCACUUGUACUCAGAGGAACAAUUCUGGCCGUGUGACAUCAAGGAGCAUCUCUUUCAUGUCACGCCAGAGCUGAAUUACACACCUAUACAAGGGCUACCACAGCUGAACCUAUCAAACCUCGACCAGCUGAACGAAUUUGAACAGGGGCGCCAUGUCUUCUUGACGAGCAAUGACAACGUUGAGGAUCGACCAGAUUGGCUUGGAGGGCAGAUCAACAUACCUGAUGAUUUCAGUGACGAUUCGAAGACUGACUGCUCCGAAUCUCGAGCUACUAGCGCCAGGUUUCGGAAACAGAGCCACGGGGGGCACAGUGAUGCCCCAGCUGUUCUUUUAACGAUUAACAAGGGUGACGGGAUUGUGGAUGCUUUUUGGUUCUUCUUCUACAGCUACAACCUGGGCAACGUCGUUUUCAAUAUCCGAUUUGGCAAUCACAUUGGCGAUUGGGAGCAUACUCUUAUCCGAUUUGAGCAUGGGAAACCCAAAGUCGUCUUCGUCAGUGAACAUUUUUUUGGGUCGGCCUAUAGCUACUCUGCCGUGGAGAAAAUUGGGAAUAGACCUGUUGUUUAUUCUGCAGUUGGGACCCAUGCAAUGUACGCAACGCCAGGUACUCAUCCGUAUAUCCUCCCUCUCGGAAUCCUCCACGACGAAACAGAUCGCGGCCCGCUUUGGGAUCCUGCUCUUAACUCUCUCACAUACACGUAUAAUCAUGUUACGGAUACGUUGCACCCUUCCAAUCGAACACCUGACGCUCCCACUCAAUGGUUUUACUUCUCGGGAAAAUGGGGCGACAAAUUCUAUCCAUUGAAUGACAACAGACAAUACGGUUUUGCCGGCGAGUAUCACUACGUUAAUGGUCCACUUGGCCCAAGGUUCAAACACCUGGGAAGACGAAAAGUAUGCCAAGGGCGCUACAGUGAUCCUUGCGUUAUCAAGGAUCAGCUCGAUCCUGAUGAGGUGAGGGAGUGGCCUGGACUGGGUGAAGGCGAUGAUUGGCCUGAUCCGGAGAUGAGACCUCCAGGGUUACCGGAAGGUGGAGACGAUUGA